AUUGAACCGAACGUGUAGACUGUGUCGAUAAUAGUUCUCCUGUAAAGUCAAAUUUAAAGUACAAUAUUCUACCAGUCGUUGUUGACUUUGUGUGUGCGGGUGAGCUGUUCACAUAAAACAUGGACUUGUCCAUGGAGGGUUCAGUAGAAGACCAACUGUUUUAGUAACAGCUGUUUGGGAGGGAUGUGUUACCAAAGACUGUUGAGUGGAAGAGGGUUAAACUUCUAGAAUGAUAUAGACAUUCUCAAAGCAUUCACUUUCUUCAAGUACAUUCCAUAUUGUUCAUUCCAUUUACUGUUGCAUAUAUAAAAGUAUUUAUUUAAUAAUUAACAUUCCCUAUUGACAUUCCUUGUAUUUAUUCAGAAGCAAUCAUGACAGACUUGUUUCAACAGUUUGGUGGUGCUCUCAAUGAUUUUAAAAUUCGAAACAUUGAUUCGGAUAGUUUGCACGAGAUCAUUGGUGAGUUUGCACCAUUGAUAGGUGUGGCAAUAGAUCAUGCCAAGGAUAAAACCUCUAAUCUAAGUAAAGAUCCACCUGUAACUGUGAAACAAGAGCCAUUGGAAGAGAUUGAAGAUAAUAGCACCUCUAAUCUAAGUAAAGACCCGACUGUAACUGUGAAACAAGAGCCAUUGGAAGAGAUUGAAGCUAAUAGCACAAGCAACGCUCAAUACGGUCAGAUACACAGAAGGUCACGAAGUACUGGAAAUAAGUAUGAUGUCUUCAAUUUGAAAGAUGAUGUUGCGAAUGGUAUUAAAGUUGAGCAGUCAUAUGCGAUGGACUUGUCUGUCCAGCCUGCGAUCGAAAUCAAAGUAGAAGUUUGCGAAAAUAGUGACACUGAAUCACCUUUGCCUGAUUCUCUGUCAAGAAAAAGACUGCACUCUGACAGUAUUACAAAUGGUUACAGUAGCUCUGAUAAUGAAUCAUUAAUGAAACGUAUAAAAACUGAAAGCAACGAUACACUGUUCAUUGUAAAUGCAGAAAAUGAGAAACUCGUGCAGACUCUAAAAAUACCAAACCUCCAAAAUAUUAACAGUACCUCACCAAACACCAAACAGGAACCUCAGACAGAGUCAAAUGCUGAUGUUAAUAGUCAAGAUGACUCUGACGGCCCACAUUAUCUCUACGCUAUAACCUCCUCCAAAAAUGGUAAAUUUUACAAGUGUCUUAUCUGUCAACGUCUCUGUGACACAAAAUACCAUGUGAAACGUCAUAUUUUGUCCCAUGGAGGAAGUUUGAAACCUUUCCAAUGCGAUCAGUGUGACAAGUCCUUCUCUCAGAAAUGCGAUCUCAACCGCCAUCUGAAUGUACACAAUACCGCUAGAAACUUCACGUGCUCAGUUUGCGGAAAGUCAUUCAAACGUAGUGACUACCUUGCUAAGCAUGAGCGCCAGUACUGUGGGGUUCUCAAGCCGUUCAAAUGUCAGAAAUGUCACAAGGGGUUUGAGGACGAGAAUCAGGUGCGUGUGCACACCUGCAUGGAUAAGAAUAAUGCAACACUGUUUGCCUGUGAGAAUUGCCCAGAAACAUUCAACACAGUCGACGCCCUGGUGGAGCAUAGAAAGGCGCACAUGAAGGUUGAGACAGAUUUCCAGUGCUCCAAGUGUGGCAAGAAAUUCACUGAGUUCAUGGCGUAUGUGGACCACUUUAAGAAUCACAGUGGCGAGCGCCCGUACAGGUGUGACUUGUGUCAGAAGGUGUUCUCCCGCAAUCACAACCUGAUGACCCACAUGCUGAUCCACAGCCAGGAGAAGAAACACACCUGCCAGAUUUGUGCCAAGGCUUUCACCUACUACAGUAACCUUCAGGUUCAUCUGCGGGUCCACCGUAAUGAGCGCCCGUACAUCUGCAAGAUAUGUGACAAGGGCUUCCUGACGAGUAGUGACCUGCGACGUCACCAGCGUGUCCACAGCGGGGAGAAACCGUACAAAUGCAAGCACUGCAAGGCGGAGUACGCGCGCAAAGAGCGCCUCAUCAGUCACCUUGUGAUCCACAUAGAGGAGGGCAUGCUGGCCCGCGGGGAGCUUGGUGGCGAUGGUGGGCUGGACUCGAGCAUGGUGGUGGAUGACACGUCCAAGGACAGCCUGGUCAUUGAGAGUGAUACAUCUGAUGAAUGAUAAUUUAAAUAUAUCCUCAUUCUGGAAAACAGGGCUUAAUGCAUGUGCGUAAAGUGUUGUCCACCAUAAAAGCGGAAAGUGUCACACCUGAUUAGCUUGUGCAGACUACACUGGCUAAUCUGGGGCCACACUUGACACUCUUAAAUUAAGCCCUGUCUUCCCAGAGUGUUGCUAUAAACAUCUGACAGUUUUUUUAAUUUAAUUAAAUUGAACACACAAAGCUGUUCAGGAGUAUUUAAAUGUAGUCAUUUUAAACUUUAAUUACACUGUAGUCAUUUUUAGAAAAUGCUCAUUGAAUUGUGCUUGUGAAAAUCAAAUGAAUUUAUUGUGUGUUUUUUUAAAAUUGUGAAGGAGAAAAAUCUGUUGAUUCUUGAACAGAUUAAAUGCGAGUAAGACAAAAUUGAAUUUGCAACAGACCAAAGGAUCUUCAUAGUUUUAAGAAAUUUGCUAAAAUUUCACUUAGUUCAUUUGUGACCUAUAGUGUUAUUUUCUUCAUUCUUUUACCUGUUUCCUCAUUUCAAAGAACAGGCAUUAAGUUAUCACAAUUAUGUUAAAUUCAGACUGAUGACUGAUUCUUUAUAGAAUUGAAAAGAUGGGAAGUGUGUGAUUUUUGGGGGGAUUUAAAUUAUAUAGUAAAGACAAUAUUUUUCAAUAGUCAAGGUUCAGUAUUUUUGGUCUCUUAAUUGCAUUCAUUUCUGAACACCUGUUGUGUUUUUCUUUGAAAUAACAUUACUUAAAAAAUAUUUAUGUUAUUUACAAUUGUGUUACAUUCCAGUAGAAAGCAUUUAUUGUGCAUUUUAUUUUACUUAUUGUACAUUCCAUAAAGUUAUUUGUGUUUUACUUUCUUUUAUGUUAUAUAAUGUGAGAAGUGUGUGUUUGUUAUCACCUUUUACAUGUUCAUUGUACAUUCCAUUUUAUUGACAUGGAUUAUUGUAUAGAAUGUUGUCCUUGUCUUUUGUUAAAUAUGUAGCUAUGUUACUCAAGUAUUCAUUGUUUAUAACAAUUCAAGUUUUACUGGCUAGUGUAAUUCAGCAUUAGACACUUUCUGAUGUUUUGUUAUUUUUGUAUAAACCAUUCCAUAUUUCUUUUAUUUACAAUACUUACUUUAUACAUGUUAAAUGCUCAACUCUUUACUUUGCACGACUUUGAACACAUGUGUUGCUAUAUUGAUUAAAGAUGAAUUAUACAAAGUUAAUAAAAUAACAAAAAAUAAUCAUGUGAAUUACCAAAAAUGUGUUUUAUGUCUGUUAAAAUGUUGACAAUCAUGAUGAACUGGCCUGGAUAUCACAAAUAUUCUUUAGUCUGUUGCAAGAGGGUUAGCUUAUACUCACUGUUUGAAAAUUUAACUUAAUUGAACCAAUUCAUCAUUGUACAAAUAUUAUAAGCUUUAGAUGACACUUUUACAAAAAAUACAGCAGAUAAAUGCCUUUUCAGACAACAACAUAAACUUAAAAAUAAAAAUAUGACUCCAUAAAAUAUAAGACUUAAGUCAGUUAUUCUUAAAACAGACAAAAAAUUUUUUGAGAAGUUGCGGCCUGAAUUUAUACCAAAAGAAAGGUUCUUUCAAAAUUACUGUUGGACAUUUUAUUAAUAGUAACGUAAGAAAUUCUGCUGAUGCAGUUUCAUUCUUUGGGGCCAUGCUCUGUGAAAAAGGGGUUUAAUACAUGUUGGUAAAGUGUUGUCCCAGAUUAGCCUGUGCAGUCCGCUAUUAUUAUAUUUUUUGUUUCAAGAAAGUCUUUUCUUAGCAGAAAGCAAGUAUAGGGGCAGGCUAAUCAGGGACGACACGUUACGCACAUGAAGCAAACCCCCUUUUCACAGAGCACUGCCAAUUUAUUUCCAGCUAGUCAUCUGUUUAAGAUGUUUUAGUUUUUGUUUUGUUUUCAUUUCUUGUUUAUAAACAAUUAGAUUUGAGUGGCGCUCUGUGAAAAGGGGGAUUAAUGCAUGUGCGUUAAGUGUCGUCCCAGAUUAGCCUGUGCAAUCUGCACAUUCUAAUCAGGGACAACACUUUCCGCCUAAAAUUAUUUUAUUUAAAAAGAGACUUUCUUGAAACAAAAUAUAUCAUAAAAGUGGAAAGUGUCAUCCCAGAUUAGCCUUUGCAGACUGCUUUUAACACAUGCAUUAAACCCCCUUUUCACAGAGUGUGGCUCAUUUAAAUGUGUUGUGACAUUAGAAAAACUUAAAUUAAAACCCUUAGGUAGCUCUUGUUUAUACAAAAACUGUUAUAGAAUUUUCCGUAGAAAAGUCUUGAAAACUAAAAGAAAUAAUGAUGUGCAAUAUACAUGGUUAGAAACAAACAAACUUUGUUACUACAAUAUUUUAGUUAUGUGUGACUGUAGUUAUAUAUUAUGUAAGCACAAAGCCUUUUUACUCUUUCAGUGCGGGAACCGAAUUUUGAAAGCCUUUGCAAACAGUUUGGAUCCAGAUGAGACGCCACAGAACGUGGCGUCUCAUCAGGAUCCAAACUGUUUGCUAUUCUGAUAGUAUUCUUUGAAAAAAAAUCGAAGAAAAUGCUAAUUUUAGUAAUUCAGCAGAUGACAUUUUAGCAGACGACAAAUUUCCCAGCAUGCAAAGGGUUAAACAUACUGCAAAUGAGUUAAUUUAUCCAUUAUUGAAUGCAGAUAUAAUAGUAAUUUCUUGAACAUUACCAGUAUAACAUCAACCAGAGAUCCUAGAAGUUAUAUUUCUGCAUUUUGAGAACAUUUGUGCAAUGCACAGGAUGAGCAUUUGGGACCACCUUUUGUUCAUAGUCAUUUGUCUGUAAAGUGUUUAAUCAAUAACAUAAAGACCUUCCUUACUAGAUUCAAGUUUUUAAGGCUUCAUUUCCACCCUUAAAUACUCAUGAGCAGCAAACCGCAUCAAACCUGAACAGACUGUGAGUUACUUGCAGGCUGUUCUGGUUUUAUGCUGUUUGCACAUAGCUAUUUUCACGUUGCUUCUGAGUGGAAAAGGGUUGACCACAUGGCAGAUUUUUACAAAACAGGAAUAAUAUUGGGUGACCAUCUAUUAAAGUUGUUCGAAUCUUUCUGGUCACUGUAAAUGGAGGACAUCAGCACUCAUAACAGAUAUACAUGUAAUCAGUUUAACUUAAAAAUCUUGAAACCGCAAGGUUCAUGGGUAAAUAUGUGGUACAUAAUAUUGUUUAGUUGUCCUCUGCUUUAAUAGUUUCUUAAAGCCUGGACCUGGGUUUUCAACAGGCCAAACCCCAGGGGUCUCAUGAUUUAUUUAGACUAACACAAAAUUCAACUUAACAUUUUCUCAGAAACUGCAAGUGUCAGGGAUUCAAUAUUUGGUGUGUAACAUGGUGUGGUGGUCCUCAAUCAAGUUUGUUUACCGGUAAAGCAUGGCUUGGUGCGAUUCGGACCGGCCCCCAGGGUAACUUCUUUUCCAUUUAUGAAUUUAGUGACAACUUUUAACAUAUUUUUCUCUGAAACUACAAAUUUCAGGGGUGUUCAGCAUUUAAGAUUGUAGGGUGGUCUUCAACCAAGUUUGAUAAAACUAUGCCCUUGGUGUCAAAUAGGCUCCAUUCAGCAGGAUAUUAUUUACCUUUGGUAUGUUUUAAUUGUAACAUCCUUUUGCGGUCUUCUACCAAAUCUUGACUAUGUGGUCAAAAUGAACCUACCUUGUUUACCUUAUUGUACAAAGUGUAAUCUUUAAAAAUACGCACUCAGUAAGAUCACUUAAGUAUCACAAAAUGAACUCUUGUGGCUUUUGUUUUAUCUGCUUAAUGAUAAAUUAUAUUCUGUAAACAAAACAUAAAAAAUUAUUUUUUUUUGCUUUUUUUAAUUACAUUUGUAUUUUAUAGAUUAGCGCUUCGGGGGCUAAACCGGGUUUAAUGCAUGCAUACAGUAUUGUAAAAGGUUAGCUUGUGCGUGCUUAUCAAGAAAGACACUAACCACUUUUAUGGAAUUAUUCAUUGCUAAACUAAAAUUCAAAGUGUCGUCCCUGAUAAGCCUGUGCAGAAUUUUAUCAUUCAGUUACAUGAAAUCCACCUUACAAUAAAAUUUGCAGAGUUGGUUGUUGUUUUUGUUUGACUUUCUCCAUAGGUCCAGGCAUGAUUGUGGUAUUGUUUUGUUAGUUAUGCAUUUAAUAUGCAUUUUUAGUUGAUUUUUAUUGUUUUUAUUGUCAAUAAAUACUGUGUUUAAUGUUGUGAAAUGUGUUCAUUCAUUUGGUGUUAGAAAAAAAAACAAGCAUUUAUAAUAAUAUAUUUGUUGUCAAUUGUAACAAUAAAAGUGGUAAAGUACA